AUGCAAACUUCGGAUGCAUCGAGCAUCCCAAACAGUGCGCGUCUGAUCCCACCUUCGAAAUACAACUUGAACGGUGACACCGGUUUCUCCCACGGCGCCUAUCAUUCCAACCAUAACCCCCAGGGCUUCUCCAACCGCUCGCGACGCGCCAAUAUCCCUGCUAUAAAUACUGCCGCCGCUCACCAGACCGCCGACAUGGCUUCCGGUGCGGGCUUUGACAUGAACUUCACCCCCCUCCUUCCUUCUCAAUUGCUAGUAGGCAGUCCUUUCCAACCUGGAACCCCCUCCGCUUUCGCCUCUCCCCAAUUCGCGAACUUCGGUGGCUUUCCCCAAGCCAAUUCGAACGGCCAUGUACACAACUCCCAUAACCAACUGGGCAGCCCGACCCAGGGUAUGCAGAACCCGGGUCUGUACACAGGUAUGAUGUCGGCCGAUGGCCUGGGCGGUUCUCAGAUGUUGAGCCCCCAAUCGCCUAUCAAUGGCUUGGGUGGUCUGGGUAACGCAGCCAUGGGCCCCGCCGCAUCAGUGUCACCCGCAAUGCUAUCGAGCACCAGUCGUACCGUCUACUUGGGAAAUAUUCCCGCUGAAACAAGCGCCGAGGAAAUUUUGAACCAUGUGCGCAGCGGACAAAUUGAGUCCGUUCGUCUUCUGCCCGAUAAGAACUGUGCCUUCAUCUCCUUCUUGGACAGCAGCUCUGCCACCCACUUCCACUCAGAUGCCAUCUUGAAGAAGCUGGCUAUCAAGGGAAAUGAUAUUAAGGUUGGAUGGGGUAAGCCCUCUCAGGUUCCUACAUCUGUUGCACUGGCCGUGCAGCAGUCAGGCGCCUCACGUAAUGUUUAUCUUGGAAACCUACCCGAAGAGACCGCGGAGGAUGACCUGCGCGAGGAAUUGGGCAAGUUUGGACCCAUCGAUACUGUAAAGAUUGUUAAGGAAAAAGCAAUUGGCUUUGUUCAUUUCCUUUCCAUCAGCAAUGCCAUGAAGGCGGUGACUCAAUUGCCCCAGGAGGUCCAAUGGCAAGCGCCCAAGCGCGUUUUCUACGGCAAGGAUCGCUGCGCAUAUGUCUCCAAGACUCAGCAGCAAAAUGCCGCGCAGUUCCUAGGAAUUGCCCCAGGCUACGCACAUGUCUUGAACUCGGCAGACCGGGACCUGAUUUCAAAUGCCCUUGCCCAACAGUCAGUUGCUGCAGCUGCGGUGGCCACAACCGCUGGCGGCGUCAACAACUUGGGCAACCGAACUAUUUACCUUGGAAAUAUUCACCCUGAAACUACCAUCGAGGAGAUUUGUAAUGUUGUGCGUGGUGGUCUCCUACAUCACAUCCGUUAUAUACCCGAUAAGCAUAUUUGCUUUGUCACCUUUAUCGACCCAACUUCGGCUGCGUCGUUUUACGCCCUCAGUAACCUGCAGGGUCUGAUGAUUCACAACCGCCGACUGAAGAUCGGUUGGGGCAAACACUCCGGCCCUCUUCCUCCCGCCAUUGCCCUAGCAGUGAGCGGUGGCGCAUCACGUAAUGUCUACAUUGGAAACUUGGAUGAAGCUUGGGCCGAGGAGCGACUCCGCCAGGACUUCAUGGAGUAUGGUGAAAUUGAGUUGGUAAACACCCUGCGAGAGAAGAGUUGCGCAUUCGUAAACUUCACCAACAUUGCCAAUGCUAUCAAGGCAAUUGAGGGCAUGCGUAACCGGGAGGAAUACCGCCGGUUCAAGAUCAACUUUGGUAAGGACCGCUGUGGUAACCCACCCCGUCAAGCUGGAAACGGAGGUCAGAACUCUCAACAAAACCGCAAUGGAAAUGGCUUGGAAGGCCCUCAGUCUCCCACGCCUGCCUUGAAUGGAUUCCAACAAAACCUGAGUCAAUCUGGCUCCCAGUCUAGCCCAACUCGCCCUGCUCUAUCUCCCGCCCCGGGCUCUACUGGCUCUCAGAACGGACAGCAACGUCACCCCUUGCAGACUGUAUCAUCUCCAUCCGGUGUGUUGAAUGUCGGUUCGAACAACCCUUUGACUAUGUAUUUGAACCAGAUGUCUGCUCAACAAGCGCAAGACCAAGAGAACCGCCUCAGUGACUCUAUGACUUUGGCCGGCUUGCAAGGCCAGUCCCAACAAUCUUCUCAACAGUCACUUUACAAUGGAACCAGCAAUGGUGACCUGUCCAAUGGAAACAUUGACGGACCAUUGCACCAACACAAGUCUUCUGCCAAUGGCUAUUUGAGUGUGAGCAACAACUCUGGCCCGGGUCACCAUGCUACUGCUAGCACCAGCAGUCUGAGUGUUCCUCGUGCACAGCACUCUCGGGCCGUGAGUCUGCCCUCAUUCUCUCAAGAGCCCUUCGGACCAGUCUCUGGACAACCUGGUCACAUUCGCACUGGAACAACCCACCAGCCUCAAGCCAGCUUCUCCAGCUUCUCAUCUGGCUUAGGUGGUCUGAACCACUCAGGCUUUGGACUUGCCAUCCAAAAUGAAAAUUCUCUACCUGGCUGGGCUGAAGAGGAAAUUGGAGCUAAAUAA